AUCCACUCUGGCAAGUACCUGCUCUGCAUUCUGUGGAGUCACUCCUCACAUAUCUCCCUCCUUCCGUGUCUGUUUUAUCUCAGUCUGUUGCUUCUUCUGUGUUCCUUUGCUCAUUUUGCAUUAUUACGUGCAUUGGGCUCUGUGCAUUCUUCUUGUCAAAGCUUUUCAGCUCUUACUUGCAUUUUUUUAUGCCAACUAUUUUUCCUUGUCAGCUGCUGAGGUCUCCAUUCAGCUGCAGCAAGGAGUUAACAAGCAGUUAAUGCCAAGGAUCAAGCUGACGAAGCACUGCCAAGCUCUGCCAGCCAUGCUGUAUGUUGACGCUCCGUGCCAACAUCGGAACGCAGUGAAUGAGCAGGACCUCAAGCGGUCAUGCAGGAGUCGGGAGGGCUGUAUGCUAAGAGCUAUUGAUGUUUCUGUGAAUUAGCAGUGUGUGUAAGUAGUGGUUGUGAGCCAUUAGGGGAGUAACAUCACAAAAUGCCAAAUCCAACACUCCUGGCAAAUUGUGAGAUCAGCUGUCAUCUCUACUUGUAUUUAUUUGGGACAGGACAUAUAAAGACAGGAGGAUGUCAUGGGAACAAGGACAAAGGAUGAGAAAUAUGUCUGCUAAACACCACUCUGAGGGACCCACAUCUUCCUGAAGCGGUAGAAGAAAAAAAAACACAAAGGACCAUAGAAGGAAAGGCAUAUCACCCUGCUUUAAAACAUCUUUGGACUUACCAUUACCACACAAAUGUGGACCUCCCAAAACUGUGUCAUCAAAUAACCCAAGCAAGAAAAAAAAAACUACGAAUAUAAGACAUUGAACUUCGCCGCAAUGUCUGACCAUAAAGACAUGACACAUCGCCACCUGCGGCACAAAUUACAGAGUCUCGGCCGAAGACUAGAUGAACUGGAAGAAGCUACCAGUAAGCUGCAGAAAUCUGAGGAUGAGCUGCUUGACCUUCAGGACAAGAUCAUCCAGGCAGAAGGCAGCAACUCUUCUCUACUUGGAGAUGUAGAAACCUUGAGGAAACGUCUCCUGAAGAUACAGGGUAAGGAUGAGGAGGUACGCAAAGCUGAGGACCUCUGUCGCACAGUAAGAGAGAAACUAGAAGAGGAGGAAAACCUUACAAAGGAGCUGAAGGCUGAGACUGAACGUCUUCAACGGAGGAUGGCAGAACUGGAAAAACUGGAAGAAGCUUUUGGGAAAAGUAAGUCUGAUUGUAGUCAACUUUGCCUCAGCCUCAAUGAGGAGAAGAACUUGACAAAGAAGCUUUCAUCGGAAUUGGAGGCUCUUAAAGCCCGUUUGAAGGACAUUGAAGGAUCUGAGACAAAGCUUGAAAGAGCAGAGCAGGCAUUGGCUGUGGAACUGGAGAAACUCAAAGGAUUCACACAGACGUUUGUGAGUGAGCGUAAGAGGCUUUUGGAGAAGCAGAGAGAAGAUGAGAAGAUCAUUCUAAACCUGAGAGAAAAACUGGAACACCAGAAGAAUCGUCUCGACAUGUCUGCAGAUCCUGGUUGUGCAGAUUUAAUGAGGUCCCGGAUUGAAGGUGAACUGUCAUGCACUGGGCUUUUCACAAGCAAAGUGACUGGACGCAAGAAGAGCCUUGAGUACUUGAAGUUGACUGAUGGUGACAUUAGUCUCAUAAACAAAUCUGAAAAUAAGAAAAACAGUAGCUUGGGAAGUCCACAGGAAGAGGACAACAAAGUAAAGGAGUUGACCCAGGAGAUAGAGGGAUUGAAGAACCGCCUUAAACAGCUAGAGAUUGUAGAGGAAGACCUAAAGAUCUCGGAGUCCAAAAAUGGUGAACUUAAUGAGAAGUUUCAGAUGGAAAGGAAUCGCACUCGACAACUGAGUGAGCAAGUAGAACAGCUCAGGACACAGCUAGGUGGAAAAGGUGGAAUUAGUGGCCAUGGUACUGGUAACAUAGAUAAACAUGGCAAUGGAAACACGGACAUUUGCCUCAACAGCCCUGCUAAGGUCAUAGAGAAUGGCAAAGCUGAGAAUGAGGAGAUUAUUGUGAAAGGUUUCAGACAAGAGAAACCUAAAUAUAGGAGUCCAGCAACAGUUUCAGAACCAAGCUCCCCUAAACACAGGAACAGGGAGCGUUCUCCUCAGCACAAAAGGGAAACCAAGCUGAAGAGUAAAGAGCUAAGCCACUCAGAAGAAAGUUCUCCUAAGCCUGUUAGGAGAACCCUCAGUCCUGCUCAGAAGAGCAGAAGGACUCCCAAAACCACAACUUCUACAGUUUCAUUUGAUAAUGGAUUUAGAGACACAGGAAGAGGAACAGAAGAAAAGAUAAAAGGGGCAGCUUAUAGUUCUGUAAAUGCAUCCUCUGCUGAUCUCAAAAAAGUCUCUGUUCUUAGUCGCUACCCUCCAGCAGCUAAUGACCAGAAGCCACUGAGGACAACUCAUAAACAGAGUGAUGGUGAGAUUAAAAAGAGCAGAACAGAAAAGUUUUCAAAAAUGUAUGUAGGUAGUGAUAGUGAAUCAAACAACUCUGAUGUAGUGCCUGAAAGCUCCAGUAAUGUCUAUGGUAUUACUGCACUUGACAAAGACACACCAUCUGCCUCAGAUCAGGAAUCACUGGACCAGGUUCAGGAUUCAAGACCUGUUCCCUUAAUUCUCCCAUCUAAUCUAUCCAAGGCUAAUGGGUCAUACACUGCCCACAAAUCCCACAUCACUCCACUGCUGCAAAAUAAUCAAGGGUCAGAGGGUCAUUCCUCUGCCUCAGAAACAGAAUCUACUGGUCCAAAGCCCUCUGAAUCAGAGCCUGUAACUGAGGUGAUAACUACAACUGCAAGCAGUCGGUCUGUAAACUCCAGGUAUCCCAGAUACUCCCAUUUUCAUGACUCAAAUUCAGAGGGUUCUUCCUCCAGGAGCUCAUUUGAUGGGGAGCUCCACAACAGAACAUCAUCUGAUGGCAGCCACCAGGAACCCACACAUACACUAUCAGGGAUUGAAAUCCAUCGAGUGUGCAGUCCACGGGAGGCGUUGAGGUCAAAAGCCGUCAUCAAACCUGCAAUUGUUGAGAUUGAUAGGAAAGAAAUGAUGAUUUCUGAACCCUUGUCUGCCAAUGGCAAACCCAAAAUUUCCACCAAACCUAUUGUGACUUCCACUAGUAAAAUGACCAGUAGUAUAACCAUCUAUCCCAAUGACCCAAGCUCUUCCAGGACCAGCAGCCGCAGUAGCAGCAUUUCAAGUGAACCGAUGCCCAUCAAAGAACGCCACACCUCCACCAGUAAUAUCCUUAUUGGCCCCACCAGUGAGCACCAUGGCAGCAUCGCUGUCCCAUAUGAAAUCUCCAUCCCCAAGAGUGAUAUCACUUUACGGCCAUGCCAGGACUACGACUAUGGAGUAGACAACCAUGAUGAUCCCCCACAUAUGUCUGCUUUCCAUGUCAGUUCCAGACUGGAGACCUCUGCCAAUCAGCUUCGUUACCGUUCCAACAACUUUAGUGUUCAAUCUUCGGAUAUCACUUUCGCAGACUUGAAUGAUGUAGAAUCAGGCUUUGAAAGCAGUGGCACUAGCACUACCACAGUUGCCAGCUGGCAAAGGCGGAACUCUCAAGAAAACAGUUUACCAGAGACGAAAAAUGUAACUGUAAGAAGCACUUUGAGGAACCGGGGCAAUGCGUCAGUGGAGGACACAAGCCGAGGAAGAGGGGGUCCAAGAAGGAUGACUGAUGGUGCAUCGGAAGAUGAGGCAGAGGCCUUGACCACGUGGAAGGCCUACCGGGCAACCACCGUCCUUGACACAGAAGAUGAUUUCAGCAGUGGAGGUGGUGGAAAUUUUGCGGCACAGAAGGGAACCAAGUCUUCCCCUGCAGAGGUGUACAUGCGUAGGAUCAACAACAACGUGGUUAGUAGCAAUAGAGAGGUUGAGGAACUAGGUUUACGUCGAGGCAAGCAGUCUCCAACCAUGGAAGCAGGAGCCCUGGGAAGGUCUAUACCUCAUGCACCUGUUGUGUCUCAGUCCUGGGGCCGACCACACACACAUCUAUCACUGGAUGCUGAUGGUGCGGAGCAGAUUCCCAACCUGAGUCACAGCCCGGUCUCCUGGAGACGGCAGCUGCCCAGCAGUGAUGCACCUCACAUGGGUACUUCUUAUGACCGGGCAUCCAAAACACCAGGAAGCUCUUCCAGAGGGGAGAUGUGGUCCAGCCGACGUCAGGGACCAGGGGCCAAGGCGGAAGGGAGGAGUGGUGCUGGAAGCAGACCAUGGAGCCACCGGCAAUCUGAACAUCAUUAACUGGGUCUACGCAGGACUUCUGCAGCAUAGAAGACAGCACUCCAUUAUUCUCUCCGCAUCCCAGGGUGGGUGUCCCAUCAACCGGUGUCUACAGCUCUUACCACCCGUCCUCAACUUGCAACAUCUGCAGCUUUUUAUUACAGCCGAAGAAAAGAAAAGCUGCAGCCUUAUGGAACAACAAACCACAGACUUGGCACCCUGACCCCAAGUGCACACUGACACGUGAACGGGCCUUCUAUAGGGAAUGCCAUCUGUCACAGAAGAUUCAUAAAUAGAACAACGGAGAAUAGUCCCUGUAAAGUAUUCUUUUGGUUGCCUCCCCCGCCCAUGUAUCCUCUUCUGCUUCUCGUGUUGGAUGUAUUAUAGUGUAAUCCUGAAACUUGACAAGGGAGAGGCCAGCAUGUCAGGGACAACUGGAGGAUUUUCCUGCGUGCAAAGGAGCGUUAGAAGAAGGACUCAAGCCUUUCUCAGAGGACCUUUGGACCUCAGUGGACCUGCAUAUGUCAGUUUGAGAAUUUCAGUCAUUUUUGAAACAACAAACCCAGAUUUCAGUCAGCAGCUGCUGCACAAAGUGCAUCUUCAGCCCUCAUUUUCAUGCUGAAUUUUGGGGAAAA